AUGGCGUCCUCUCUCGCCGCCCAGUUGGCACAGGUUGCCGCCAAGUCGACGAAUCCUCUCGACCUCAAGGCGCAACGGAUUGCGCAUUCGAAAUCUCUGAUCUUCGAGUACAAAGUCGCCAAAUCGCAAGACUUUGACACUUUAUACCAAAUAUGCAAUGAUGCUUUCCAAGAGCUAUGUCGACUCGACGCACGAUUCACAGAGUUCGAACGAACAAUAUUCAGCGUUCACAGUAAGACCGAAGACCGUAUGGAAAUGACUGCGGCACAAAAUAAAGAACUCGAUGUUGCAUUGGAAGCAUUUAUGUGCCUAGUAGGAGGGAAAUUGCAAUUAACUCCAGCAGUCAAAGCAUUAGAGUGGCUGAUAAGGCGAUUUCGCGUCCACGAGUUCAACACUGCUCCUCUUAUUCUUACCUUCCUUCCAUACCACUCGUUACCGAUCUUCCUGAACCUUUUGGACAUAUUACCGGAUGAUUUGACGCCUACCUUCAAUUUUCUCCAACCCUACAAGACAGAGCGGGUCAAUCCUCCUAUGGCAGCCAUAGUUCGCACUGCAGCAAAAACUCCUUCUUUCUCAUCAGCUCUCAACAAUUACACUCUUCAAGUCUCGAAACAAGGGGCACAUUACCAUGGAUUAUUGGCGUUUUGGUCCGGAGUGAUGACACAGGCAUGCUCGGAGAUGCUCGUGGCCGGACGCGCUGGGCGUCGAGACGUCGAAAAGAAGAAUCACGAGGAUAUAUUUAUCCGACUUUUGCCUGUCCUGAACGAUGGUUUGGCAAUGAAGAAAAUAUCCGAGUUGGUUAUCGGCUGCUACAUGAUCAUUGUCGUCUUUGUCACGAAAGCGGCUCUUACAGAAGAAGUCCUUGAUACUUUGAUGACCGCGGUGGCCGGUUCCUGGACUCAAGAGACUGUGAACUCGGCAGUAGUUACCCUGGCAGUUCUUGCCGAGCAGAAAACCAGCCCGACACUACCCAAGAAACACAGAGCCUCUCGACUCUCUCUUGGCCUGAUUAGCGGCUGUCUUGAGCGCUUGCAGAAAGACAGUUCUCAAAAAAGUCUUAAAUUGGUAUCACAGAUCUUUCAACAAGGACUUUUGGACGAAGCCGCUAGCAAGCAGGCUCUGAAGACGAUAUUCCAAUCUACCAUGGAUGCUCAAAAAAGCGAUAAUUUAUCUUUGGAUGUGCAAACUCAAAUUUCCGAAAUUGUGCAGACACUCAACGCUUCUGAGACUUAUCGACCAAUCCUACAAGCAAUGACUACCGAGAUAGACAUGGACAUGGACACUCUAGAGCACAGUCUACAGACUACCAUCAGAACUCAACCUGCUCUUCCGACCAGCGAAGACGUCGUCAUGAUAGACCUAGAACAAGAGGAAGAAGUGGAUUCUUUCACUCCGUUAAUAGCUUCUCUAGCGAAGGAGCCUCUUGCAAGCACAUCGUUUCUUUCUGGAGAACCUUCAUCUCUUUUCGAGCAGAUUAUUCAAGCUUUUACGAUUGCUGGCCAGUCUUCGGACAAGCUGAAACAAAUCUCUGACCUGCCAUUGAUUGGAAAAUCUCAAUUCUUACAGAAGCCCCAAUAUCUGUCCUUCCUUGCACGGGUCUUCUCUGGACCGUACGCGAUUCGCACCAAAGUUGCUGCUAUAGAAAUGAUGUCUUCCGCUCUCAAUGCAGAACAGCCAACAGCAGAUUUGCAAGCCUUGCUGCCAUACAUAAUCGCUGCUUUCGCCGACCCAUCACAGGCCAUCAGGGCUGAGGCUGCAAAGCUUUUCAGCAAACUCAUUUGGACUCAACGCAAGGCAAAGAAAGAAAGCGAUACUCUCUCCCCAUGGGCCAAAGAGAGCCUCUAUGACCAACGGAAGGAUGUUCAGCCGGUCUGGCUGUCAACUUCCGACACACAAAAGGUCAUUGAGCGGAUAUUACUUGACGGUUUGGAGGGCUUUGUCCACGAUUCCCGUCAUGUCAUCUCAAAAAUUCAAAAUGCGCUCAAGGGUUCUAGCUCCGAUUCCGAAAAAGACACUGGUACCGAAUUGAAGAAAAGCUUGCGACAAAAUCUUUUGCAAUUCCUAUGCUAUCAUAUCGUUGCGACUCCACUUUUCCAAGUCAAGCUAAACCUCCUCAAAAUUGUCAAUGGUGUGGGCAGGGUUGGCUCUGUGACACGAACAAAGCUGCUGGCACCCUUUAUUGAUUCAUGGAGAAUUCUUUCUCAAGCGCAAGCUGCUCAGAUUUGCGACAGAGAACACAUCUCUUUAUCGGAGUUGGAGCAAGAAGUUGCUGCCAUUAUCAGUCCAAAGGAUUCAGAUGCCGAAAAGGUCUUAUUCACCAACCUCGAGAAUUCAAUCGUACGGCCCACAUUCGUUUCUGCUGUGUUCACCCGCGUAGAACAGAUUUGGAACAAGCUCGGAGAAGACAGACAAAAUGCAACUGCACGUCAAAUAUUUGAGUUCUCAUUUACGGGCCCUGAAGUAGUACAGAGCUACGCAAAGGAAACACUGCGAAAUGUGUCUCUCAGUGGACCAGUACUCGUUGGUUUCCUCAACAAGAUACCCGAGUCCGUUGCCACUUUGGAAAGCCACAGUCCCUCUCCGAAGAGGCGGCGCACAAAUAACAACAAUGCCGUUGCUACAUUAUCCGACUCGCCUGAGUUGGAUGAAGUCAUGGGCAAGGUGACAUUCGUCCUCGAACUUGUGGAUAACUCCGCUCCCGAGGAUCAUCCAGUACUUGCUGCAGGCCUCUUCAAAUCUCUAGCAGCUCUUCAUCAUCUAAAAACCAGAAUCCAGUCUAGUCUCGGCUAUCUACUCAGUCUAGUGCUCGGCAGCUUAUUGGCCAUUGUUAACAAAGCCAAGAAAUCGUCCAAGCCAUCUUUUGACCCUGCUGCUAUCCGUACUGACCUAGUCGUUGAUUGCGUUAGAAGCUCCGAAAGCCCUCAAGUACAGAAUACCGCCCUGCUCUUGGUCUCUGGUCUUGCAGUUAUUGCUCCUGAGCAGGUGCUUCAUAGUGUCAUGCCAAUUUUCACAUUUAUGGGAUCCAGUGUGCUGAAGAAAGAUGAUGACUACUCGGUUAUGGUCAUUGAUCAGACCAUCGACCAAGUCGUCCCCGUUCUUGUCCAGUCAUUACGCAACCAAAAGCGCGAUGUUGUUGCUGGAACUUCCGAACUUCUUCUCAGCUUUACAGCCGCCUUCGAACACAUCCCAUCUCAUCGACGACAGCGUCUGUUCCAGGCGUUGGUUACCAAGCUUGGCGCAAAAGACUUUUUGUUCGCAGUAUUGGCCAUGCUUGCAAACCUUCAUGGUCUAGACAAGAAUGUUUCUGUCUUGAUGACUUAUCUAGCUUCCAAUCUUGAACCUCAAGACCAGCUCAUCACUUUCCAGAGGUAUCUAAGCCUUGUUAGCGAUGCUUUGAAACCAAAGCCCGGUAUUUCUCAGAUAUUAUUGGGAGUUGGAAACGAGGGUGCAAGGGACAGGCACGUGGUUGCGGAGGGUCUCCUGCGAUCUCUUUCAUACUGCCUGAAACAUUCUAGCCUGAAAGCGCAGAUGGCUAUAAUAUUCAAUUCUGAUGCGGAGGAUACUGUCACUCAAGUCGCUGGUCUUUUCUCUCAGAUUCUUGAGCAGGUUUUGGUCAUGUCCGAUGCUGUUCAAGAUGUUAAGCCUUUGGGCAACGCGUGCAGCGAAACUCUUGGAUCAGUCUUGGGAGUCUUGUCUCUGGUUGAUCUUCUCGAUACUGUCGAACAGCUUCUGCAAAGACCUAGCGUAGAUCUCCGUCGUAAAGUUCUCCGAUUACUGGAAACUCGACUCCGUCAACAGCCAGAACGCGAUGGCUCAGCUCAGAACAGGGUUCUAGAAUUCAUCUCCUUCCUCAACCAGGUCGUUGAAACAUCGGAUGACAUCCUUCUCAAACAUGCCGCUAUCGCCUGCAUCGACCGAAUUGCCGAGAAGUACGGCCGCAAGAACCCAGACAUGAUACUACCAGCGGCUAUGGUUAUUAGCAGCGAUUCAUGCCUUGGCCAAGAAGAUGACAGAGUUCGCAUCAUGGGCUUGUUGUGCCUUGCAUCAAUGGCAGAAGUUCUUGGGGAAGGUAUUAUUCCUGCUCUUCCAGAAAUACUCAAAAAAUCCGUUGCGUUUUUGGAAAGCAGCAUGGAAGGAACCAUCAACGAGCAACUUCACAAUGCCGUCUACUCCUUGUUGUCUGCUCUGCUCGUACAAGUUCCGUUCAUGCUCUCUGGCAAGACACUAGACACGAUCCUUCGACUAUCCUUCAAAUCUGCCGAGCUUGAAUUAUCUGAAGAAGGUAAUGAGACUCGUCGUGAUGCCUUGAAACUCAUUGCAAAGAAGUUCGAUGUCAAAGAAUCAUAUAGUGCUGUCGAGAGAAACUGGACCAUUGCAGUCUCAUCCGGACCGAUUGCUACUAAGGAAAUUCUUGACGUUGUCAUCCUUGCUAUUGAUAAGCAUCCCAAAUCUGCUACAUCCAAGAAUGUCGGUUUUCUCUCGAAGUUAUUAUACCGUGCUUUCGACCUACGUCGGGAACAGCAGUCCGAAGAGACAAGUGCUCAAUUCGAGGAAACCCAACUUCAAGCAAUCGAGGACCUCGUCAACAAUGUUGCUAUCAAGAUGAUCUUCAAGUUGAACGAUACCAUUUUCCGACCUCUCUUUAUCGAGAUUGUGGAGUGGGCCACGAACGGCGUUUCCAAGAGCGAUGCCAAGGGCCGAAUUCUUCGAUUGACUUCCUUCUAUAAAUUCUUGCAAAAGUUCUUUGGCACUCUCAAGUCGAUUGUCACUAGCUAUUCCAGCUAUAUUAUCGAGAAUGUCAUUGAGGUUUUGAAAUUUGCCAGGCCCAAUGUCAAGGAGUCGAAGGAUCUGUGGUUAUCUGCUGUUCGGACGCUUAACGCCGCAUUUGAGCAUGACCAAGAUGCAUUCUGGCAAUCUCCAUCCCACUUCAGCGGAAUAUCCAAAGCCCUCAUCUCUCAACUCCCGCGAGCCACCAACUCAAGCACCGCAACAAUCAUCAUCGACGAGGUGGUCCCAGCCCUUUCCGAACUUGCAGUCGCCACCGACUCGCCCGACAACUACAAGGAAAUGAACACCACGCUCAUGAAAUACCUCCGCCCCUCAACCAGCACAGCCACAGAAGGCGGCGAUAGCGCACAUACCCGCCUCGCCGCACUUAAAGCCGAGCAGGCUUUGACCGACCGCUUGGGCGAAGAGUGGCUCACCUUGUUGCCGGAGAUGUUGCCGUAUAUUAGCGAGUUGAUGGAGGAUGAGGAUGAGAUGGUCGAAAGAGAGACGAGGAAGUGGGUCAAGGGUAUUGAGGAUAUACUUGGAGAAAAGCUUGAUGAUAUGUUGACCUAG